AUGUGCAGCAAGGACCAGAUAACUCAUAUCCUGGGCAAGAUCAAUGUGGGGCUGCCGUCGUGGUCGCGCAGCGUGGAGGCGGCGGAGGCGGCGCGCGCGCGCCUCGUGCGCUGGGCGUGCGGCGAGCCUGCCGCCGAGCACGAGCCGCCCAGGAAGAAGAUGCCACACGCGCUGCGCAGGCGUUGGCCGCUCUGCCCCUGCUUCCAGAAUGACGAGCCCCCCGAGAUCACUUACUGCGUCGUCGGGGGCGAGGGUGGUCUCGCUCUGCAGGCGGUCACCCCCACGCACCCCAUGCCGCCGCAGGACGAGCUGGACGCCAAGUUCGCCGAGCUGGUGGAGGAACUGGACCUGACGGCCGUGAACAAAGCGGCCAUGAUGGACCUGCCGGCCGCGAAGAAAUGGCAGAUCUACUGCAGCCGUCGACCGCCACCAGGCGCCCCGCCGUUGGCCACCGCGCCACAGGUCGAGGAGUACAUCAAGGCACUUGGAGAAAUCGCCGAGGCCUUUUCCGCAACCGAAGGCGUGCUGCCAGCAGAGGCGUGCGCCUUGGUGGACGGUUUGAAGACCGCCCUCCGCACCAGGGCGCACAGUUUCGUUCUACGUUUCAUCAAACAGGGUGGGCUCACCGCCCUACUGGAGGCCUUGCAGCGUGCCCCAAGGGACGACGCUUUGACCAGGCACAAUCUCAUCGCUGCCAUUAAGGCCCUCAUGAACAACUCCACCGGCCGAGCGCACGUGCUUGCGCAUCCCACUAGCAUCGACCUGAUCGCCCAAUCCCUGGACACGGAGAACGUGAAGACCAAGGUGGCAGCCCUGGAGAUCCUGGGCGCUGUGUGCCUCGUGCCCGGCGGUCACAAGAAGGUUCUGGAGGCGAUGGUCCACUACCAGAAGUACGCGGGCGAGCGCGCCCGCUUCCAGGGCGUGGUGAACGAGCUGGACCGCUGCACGGGCGCCUACAGGGACGACCUGGGCCUCAAGACGGCCAUCAUGUCCUUCGUCAACGCUGUCCUGAACUACGGGCCCGGCGAGGACAGCCUCGAGUUCCGCCUGCACUUGAGAUACGAGCUCCUCAUGCUGGGGAUACAGCCCGUGAUCGAGAAGCUGCGCAAGUACGAGAACGAGACGCUCGACCGGCACAUCGGCUUCUUCGAGAUGGUCCGCGGCGAGGACGAGCGCGAGCUGGCGCGCCGCUUCGACCGGCAGCACGUGGACACGAAGAGCGCCGCCGCCAUGUUCGAGCUGCUGCGCCGCAAGCUCAGCCACACGGCCGCCUACCCGCACCUGCUGUCGCUGCUGCAGCACAUGCUGCUGCUGCCGCUGGAAUACAACCCGCACUCGCAGCACUGGCUGCUCCUGGACCGCGUGGUCCAACAGCUGGUGCUGCAGCAGGCGUCGGCCGGCAGCCGCGCCGCGUCCGACCAGGGCAGCCUCAAGGACGACGCGUCCGACAAUACCAAGGUCUACGACCCCGACAUAGCGCCUUUGGAGAUCAACGUCGGCGAGAUAGUCCACCUGCUGGCUAAGGAGGAGGAACUAGUCGCAGCCAGGACGAAAGCGGAGAACCUCGAGAGGGAGAACGUAGACCUGGCCACGGAGUUGGCGAAGAAGGAGAAACAAGUCGACGAGCGGUCGCAAGAGAAGGAGGAGUUGGAGGGAGUCGUGAAGAGACUGAAGGAGAGGCUGGAGAGGGAGACUGCGGCGCACAUGGAGUGCACCGAGAGGGCGCACCAGCUUGACCAGCAGCUGAGCCACGAGAGAGCGGAACGGGCGAGGUUCGAGAAACUAGUCAGUGAGGGCAGCAUACCCGACGAUGCUAAGGUGAGCAACCUGAAGAGCGCGGUGAUAGAGUCCUGCUCGGCCCCGCCCCCUCCGCCGCCGCCGUCGAUCCGCCCCCCGCCCGCCCCCCCGGCGCCCCCUCCGCCCUCCGCGCCCCUUCCCGCUCCCCCCGCGCCCGCCCCCCGCCCCAAGAAGCACGUGCCCACCCCCGGCAACCCGCUGAAGAGCUUCAACUGGAGCAAGCUGCCAGACGCCAAGCUGCACGGCACCAUAUGGCAGGAGCUGGACGACAGCAGGCUCUACUCGGCGAUAGACCUGCACUCGAUAGACAGGAUGUUCUGCGCGUACCAGAAGAACGGUGUCCAGAACGAGGGUUCCGUUGAGGACCUGAGACAGUUGGGCUCGAAGCCCCGCACCAAGAUCCUCACCGUGAUAGACGGCCGACGCGCCCAGAACUGCACCAUCCUACUUUCCAAGCUCAAGAUGACCGACGAGGAGAUAUGCCGGGCGAUCCUGAAGAUGGACAAGGACGAACAGCUGCCCAUCGACAUGGUGGAGCAACUGCUGAAGUUCACUCCGAGCGCGGAGGAGGCAGCACUGCUCGAGGAGCACCAGGAUGAGCUGGACAGCAUGGCGCGCGCAGACCGGUUCCUGUACGAGAUCUCCAAGAUACCGCACUACUCGCAGCGCGUGCGCACCCUGCUGUUCAAGAAGAAGUUCGCCGGCGCCGCCGCUGAAGCGACCAACCGCGCGUCGGUGGUGCUCAGGGCCGCGAGGGACAUGACCCGCUCUAGAAGGCUCCGGGCGCUGCUGGAGAUAGUCCUGGCGCUCGGCAACUACAUGAACCGGGGUGCCCGUGGCAAUGCAUCAGGAUUCAGGCUGACUUCGCUGAACAAAUUGGCCGAUACCAAAUCCAGCGUCACGCGGAACACCACCCUGCUCCACUUCCUAGUGGAGAUGCUGGAGACACAGUUCCGCGACGUGCUGCUGCUCGAGGAGGACCUGCCGCACGUGCGCGCCGCCGCCAAGGUGUGCGUGGAGCAGCUGGAGCGCGACGUUGCCGCGCUUCGCGGCGGGCUGCGCGAGGUCGCGCGCGAGCUCGAGUGGCACGCCGGCAGAGCGGCAGCGGCGCACGACGCGUUCGUGCCCGUCAUGCGCGACUUCCACGCGCACGCGGUCUGCUCGUUCACCCAGCUCGAGGACCUGUUUCAGGACAUGAAGAGCCGCCUGGAGGCGUGCGCGCACGCGUUCGGCGAGGAGGCGAGCGCCUCGCCCGAGCAGCUGUUCGGCGCGAUGGACGCCUUCCUCGCGCAGCUGGCGGAGGCGCGCGCCGAGUGCGACGCCGCCAGGAGGCGCCGCGACGACGAGGAGCGCCGCACCAGGCACGAGCAGGAGCUAAAGAAGCGCACGAUGGAGCGCAAGCAGGCGUCCAGCCUCCUCAGCUCCGUCGGCAAGUCGCUGGCGAAGGCGAACGGGGGGCCCGAAUGCAACGGCCAGGCGGGCGGGGAGGGGGGGCGCGACGCGGCGGCGCACCAAAAGGGCGAGUUCGACGACCUCAUAUCCGCCCUGCGCACGGGCGACGUGUUCGGCGACGACGUGGCCAAGUUCAAGAGGUCGCGGAAGGCGUCGAGGGCGCACAAGGGCCGCGACUCCCCCCCGAGGCCCGCCCGCCGCGAGGAGUCGCGCGAGCGCCACAAGAAC